AUGGAGUUUCGAAUCGAGAAUUUACCUCGAUUAGCCGCUUUCUCAUUCAAGGAUUAUCUAUUCUGUGCAAAAGGUUCGUAUAUUGAAAGAUAUGAAGUGGAAAAUGGGGAAGUUCGUAUCGGAAGAAAAUUUGGUCCGAUCGAGGAGAAAGGCUGUGAAAUUGGACAAAUCGCUGGAUCGUCCACGUCGGUGAACGUGUUUUUCACCUGUGGACACUCGCUAUAUUGGCUUUCAACGUUGGAGCUGUUGACCUCCUCAAACGACACCAAUGUUAUACCAAAAAGAGCUCAUAAACAGUGUCGUAUCGCGCAUAUUCGACCAUUUGACAAUCAGACUGUGAUGCUGAUCUACUCUAAUUCAGCGAUCGACCUUUGUUCAGCUCAAGAUCCAGAGGGAACCCUCAAAGCCAUCCCACCACAAAAAUCCGUUCAAAUAAUGGGUGCCACAUCGGAUGGAGAAAACUUUGAGAAGUGUCGAGUCCUUCUGCACACAUAUCUUGGCUCGAUGAUGCUGUUGAUGCCUGGAAGAGAGGAUUUUCCCUCGAUCACUUAUGAUGGAUCACCGGGGAUGACUUUCGAUGCACUGAUUGCGGGACAUCUCUGCUUCUCGAUUCACGACGAUCGUUCGCUUCGAGUUUGGGAUCUAGACAAUCAGAAGUUGAACACAUCGAUAGCUCACGAGUUUGGGCAUAUGGCAAGACCAUUUUCGCUUUGCAUCAAUGAGAGGACAAUGACGAUUUACACAGCAGGGAAUGAUGAGAAAAUUCUUCGUUGGAACUGGGAUCCAAGAACGCAAAAACUAAUUGCGACGGGUGAACGCACGAUGAGCAUCGGAUCGAUUAGGAAAAUGGUUUUAUGGAAACGAAAACUGAUAAUCGCUUCCGAUGCUGGGUUCUUGUUGUCACUCGAUCAAGAAGCUUUCGAUUUCCCAAUCACGGCAGGAAAAAUCUCUAAAACGAUCACUUCAAUCCGCGCCGCUUGUUCACUUGGAAAUGUCUCAUUCUUAAUCGAUGAAAAAGGCCAACUUCUCAAACUGACCAAAGAAGACGCGCUGGAUAUUUCAUUUUCCGAUCCGGCAUUCAAAAUUCGAUACUUUGCCUCGUCAAGCGGUUUCGAAUCACAAGCGGACAAAAUGGUGAUCGCGUGGGGAGAAAAGGGAAUCGUGGAAGCAGCCACUUCAACUGUUCUCUAUAAAUCAACCGAUCCUUCGUCUCGUUUGAUUUCCGUUAUUCGAUGGGAUCGCCUCCUUUUCGCGGCAACAAGCGAUGACAAAAUUCUAUGGAUCCCGGUGGACGCGCAUAUUCCCUCACCAUCUCCAAAUUUCAUCGAUCUUCGUGUGCUUCGUGGCGGUAUCUCGAAAAAGAAUCCGUUCAUCAUCAAUUGUGCGGCCGUUUUCAAAAGUGGAUCGAUGAAUCAUUGUUUAUUUGGAUGUGCCAGUAGUCAACUAAUGUUGGUGUCGUUUGAUGAGAACUUUGCACAAAGCGAGAAGAUCAAGAUUUUGGAGGCAACAAAACUCUUCAACGGUGAUGCUGUGCAAGACCUGUGGGUAGAAGACGGACAUUUGUAUGCCUUGGGAAAAUGCGGAUACAUGUUUAUCUGGAGUUUCGAUGUGGAUUCGGACAUGGCAGAGUUUCAUUUUCUACAACGAGUCUACGUUGGAAUUGAUUGGCCGUGCCGCUUCUUGCAGACAAAUCACCAAGGAGAGCUGAAACGACUCAUUUUUGGGUUCAAAGCUAAAGUCGCAAUUCUCUACGAUCUCUCAACUCAAAUGUGUGUCUGGCACAGUGAUUGUGGUGGUGGAAAUCGACAAUGGAAUGCCAAUGUGCAAGGGGAUUCCAUUCAAUUUGAGCAUAUUCGAAAUCAGAUACGAUUUGUCACCGAGUCGAAGAUCCACCAUCCUCAGCUACUCGAUCGAACAUUGCAUAUUGGAAAGGUUCUAUUUUGUGAAGUGAUUCCAUCCGAGAAUGGUUUUCAUUUAAUUUCCGCUGGUGCUGACAAUCGUUUGGUGAUUUCAAGCUACUCAUCGGAGAAUCAACUCAUUGCCUUCCAUGAACGGUUUGAAGCUGACGGAUUUGUCUCACUAUCAUUGUCGAGAACGUCAUCACCGAAUCUUUUCCAUCUGUUUGCCGGAUUGUCAAAAGGAAAAUUGGUGAUUUUCGACGUGAAUCUGAUUAAAAAAGUGAAUGGAAAUAUUCUUCCCAGUUCAUUAGCACCACGACAUACGUUAGAUUCGGAAAAACUUGGCGUUUCUGGGCGACUUCAAGUAGCUGCAGAAUUAAUGUAUCUAUCCGGGGAUCGUCUAAAAUUUGCUGUAGGCGAUGAUUGUUCGGAUCAAGCAAUUUGCACGAGCGUUGAUGUCGAAGAAAUGACUCUGAAAAUAGCAUCACAAGAUCGAGCUGGAUUUUCGAAGAUUGGAUUGUCAAAUGGGAUUUUGAUCGGCGCUUCAACCAAUGGAACCCUCUAUGCCUCGAUGAAAACUGGAGAAAUGAAGGAACUAAAUCUGUGCCAUUGUGGGAUCUCUGCGUUGUCGAUUUUUUCAGCGAGUCAUCCGGAAAAGGCGCGAUUUGUUUACGCAGCACUUGGCGAUGAAGCAGGCAGCGUUCAUCUCGUCACAUUGUUUUGUGAUGCAAAGGAGGGGCUACAAAUCGAACACGUUAACACACUAGCAGCGAUACACGCAAGCACUGUUACAGACGUGCUUCUUUACUCGAUCGAUCCGAUUCGAAUGAUGAGUGUCUCGCUCGAUUGUCGUUUGGUUGUUGCAGAACUUCAAAAUGAUAAGCUGAUUGAAAUCGAUUGUGUCGAAACGAGAGUCCAGGAUCCAUGCGGGAUAGCGAUGAUCGAGGCAACAAAGAAAAGUUAUCGAGUCAUCGUCUACGGUCAUGGAAUUGAAACAAUCUCGAAUAACCUAAAGACAUUGGGUGCAGAGAAAUGU